CAUGUGACGAGACAAAAUUGUUAACAGUUAAGGUUAACGGAGAGAUGAGGGCAACCGAAGAUGCGGUGGAACCUGUUUAGUUACUGGUUUGUCCUUUUCUCAAUUUAACCCAACAAUUAGUUUUAACUAUUAUCCUCAUCCUCAUCAUCCUCAUCAUCAUCAUCAUCUUUCUCUCUCUUCAUCUCACUCAAAUUCUCUCAUUUUCGCCGUUCUGAACCCGGAACACACCCGAUAGUUUGAAUCAGAAUUUUAUUCUUGUUGUUAUUUUUAUUUCUCUUUGAUUUUGUUUUUAUUUCUUUUUCGCGAUCAUCCCUAUUUACUUUUAAUUGUGAUUUAAUUAUUCCAUCAUUUCUAAUUCUAUUCGGAUGCCUUGUUGGCAUUCGUUUAUCUCAUUGUGAUGACUGUCACCUAAUCUCUUGUUGAUUAACUUGUUGUCUAAUCUAAUCCAAGUUAAUCCAUUUCUGUUAAUCUCUUUUUGUUUAUUUCUUUUGAAACUUUUUUUUUCUCAAUUGUUUUUCUUUAAUCAUGAAUUUAAUUGUUGUUGGUUUAAAUGCCAUUUCAAGGAAAAUUUUCUCCAAGUGGACAAUUGUGAUUCUAUUUGUGUUGAUUACAUUUGAUCAAUCAAUUUACUCCAAUGGAUUAUCCCAUCAUAAUAGUCCACCAGUUUUUGACUUUAAAAGGGAUUGGAUUAUCAAGGAAAAUGAAUCCAUAGGUCAGAAAGUCGCUUCUGUUUCAGCUCAUGAUUCUGACGGAGAUGAAAUUGUUUAUGGACUUGAAUCUGGCCUAUUCCGUGACGGGUCAUCAUAUUUCAAUAUUAAUCCUCAAACUGGACAAGUAUUUGUUAAACAAUCACUUGUUGGACAGGCUGGUAAUAGUUUCUAUGUACUAAUUACUGCCGAUGAUGGUUAUCACACGGCUAAAAUUGAAGUUAAUGCCAGAAUUGUCAAUCCAAAUUCUGAUCUAAAUAAUUUUGCUCUAAAUCAACCUGCUCAUCCAUUUUCACCUUUCCAUGGAUCAUAUCCUGGACCAUUUUUCGGUCAAAAUGGACAUAACAAUCAACGAUUACCAUCAGCAAUUGGGUUUCCUUAUUAUCCAUCAACAACGACAUCAUCAUCAUCUCCAUCCUCAUCUUCAUCUCUGUCAUCAUCAACAUCAUCUACAACAAAGGAACCAUCAACAUUAUCAUCAACUACAAGAAAACCAUCAUUAGUCAACUCAACUUUAUCUACAAUCAAAUCAACACAGAAAUCGGUUAAUCCAACGAAACAGUUAAUCACAACCAAACCAACAUUAAAAGUGACCACUAGACCGACAUUAGUGGUCACUGUUAAUUCAUCAAAUGUUAUUAAUUAUGUUAAAAAAGUUGAUAACAAUACAUCAAGUCAAAAGGUUACUGUUAAGAUCCCAAUAACAACUCAAUCAUCAUCAUCAUCAUCACCUACAACACAAUCAACAUCAACUUCAUCAUUAACAACCACAACAACGAAGCCAAUUGUAGCUGAUAUUAAUCACCAUGGAUUUAAUCACCAUCAUCAUCAAUCUCAUCAAUCGAUGAAACUAUUUUUUGAAAUACUUCCUCUUCUAGCGACAAUCAUUUUUUUCACCUUAAUUGGUUUUCUAAUUUUUGGACUAAGUCGCUUAUGUACUAGUCGAACUGAAUCAUCUUCGCACCUUGGCUCAUGGCCGAUGAUGAUAAAACCAUCGGCUAAUAAAUGCGAUUCAAUGGAAACAUCGGUUUGUUCAAUCACAAGUGACCUUGAAUAUCGACCUGGUCCCUUUUAUCCGCCAAACGUUUUCCCAUCGGCACCAGAAAGUUACAGUGUCUUUGGAACCAAUGAUUUAAAUGCAGCUCAAUUAAUUCCCAACAAUUUAGAGAAAUGGGAAUUCCCUCGACAUCAUCUUCGUCUCUUGGGUAUUCUGGGCGAAGGUUGUUUCGGUCGAGUUUGGAAGUGCGAAGCUUUCAGCAUAAACGAUGUCGAAGGUGCAACAAUUGUGGCCGUUAAAACGACCAAAGAAACUUCAUCGGAACAAGAGAAACGCGAUUUAAUGAGUGAAUUAGAGAUCAUGUCACAACUCGAGGAGCACCCGAAUGUCGUUAGUCUACUGGGCUGUUGUACUGAAAUCGAGCCUCGAUUCCUGAUUUUAGAAUAUGUUCCAUUUGGAACUCUACAAAGUUACCUUCGGGACAAUCGAUCAGAGCGAUUCUAUGGUAACAUUCUCGGCGCAUUUACGUCCCAAGAUCUUACGUCAUUUGCUUAUCAAAUUUCGAAAGGGAUGGAAUAUAUAAGUUCCAAAGGAAUUAUCCAUCGUGACCUUGCCGCUCGCAACAUUUUAAUGGGAAACAAUAAAACUUGUAAAAUCGGCGACUUUGGUUUCUCUCGGCAAAUUAUAAUCAAUCAAAUUUACGAACGAAAAUCAGAGGGCCGACUUCCAAUACGAUGGAUGGCUCCAGAAUCGUUAUCGGAUAAUUUGUUCAGCGUUUCGAGCGAUGUUUGGUCAUUUGGUAUCUUAAUGUGGGAGAUUUGUACCCUUGGGUCAACACCCUAUCCAGGAAUGUCCACCAAAGAGGUCAUGAGAAAAGUUCGUGAUGGUUAUCGACUCGAAAAGCCUGAACACUGUAAACGGGAGAUUUACAACAUUAUGUUUUAUUGUUGGGAUUCGCUGCCCGAUGAGAGGCCAAAAUUUCCCGAAAUAACCAAAAUGUUGGACAAUUUGGUGACCAGUGAAAACGAUUACAUUGAACUUGACCGAUUCCCUGACCACUCUUAUUAUAAUGUUCUUACUAAUCUUUCCGGAGAAAAACUGUAAUCUCAUAAUCACCAAAUUGUCGAUUCAAUUGUAAUCAUAAUUGUAGUUACAUUUUAAUUCAUUUUUUUAUCAAUUAAUUAUCCACAUUCUGGUCAAUGCACUUUCGUUUUUUUUUGCCAUAAACUUAAUUAAAAUUCGUA